GCCUUGUCUGGUGACUUACUAGACCGUCGAAGCCCUCAUCCCCCCAAAACGAGGCUCGAUGUUGAUCUAGAGCCAUCAACUAGGCCUCUUCUUCUUCUUAACCCCAUGCCGAACUAAAUUACUUUUAUUUCAUAAUCUAGUGUCUUUUUGCUCUCCCGUCCUCGUGUCUGUUCCCUUCAUAAUCAACUCCAUCGUGUCUACCUCUGAUGGAGCAGCAUCGAUUGCCUAGGCAUAGUUCCAGCCAUGGUACCCUUCAUAGUAGCUAUUCUCACGGACGGGUGGCUCAUGGCCCCUCUCCUAUUCGCCCGUUACAUAAACCCCUGCGAAGCGUUAACGAGAAUUCCGUCUUGCUACCUUCGCCCGGCGCUUUGGAGAGUAUGUUAAAAACUACAACCGAGACAGGGGAUAUUGGGAUUUUCAGCAUCCGACCAGUUCCCCCGUCGCCCCAACGAAGGGAUACAUUGUCCGAUAUUGGACAGCAGCAUUGUUCGCCGCGUCCUUCCAUCGAAGAGUUACGCCAUCGGAACAAUGGCAAGUAUUCCUCUUCAUGUAGGGACACCGCUUCUGAGAUAAUAUCUAUGUAUGGAUCAGAGAGCCACAAAUCGACCACAAGCACGUUGACGCCGGCGUCUUCAGAGGACGUUGGCCUACGUUCUUACUCGAUGACCACAUGCGGAUCCCGUCAUCUUUCCCACCAUAGGUCGACAACAACUUUGCAAAGUCAAGCUAGCGGCGGUCCGCUUCAACGUCCCCGGUCACCCUUCCCAUACCCAACUCGUCUAAAGAGACCUGGGGUUCGCCCAGCAUCCCCAGCACUUACAGAGGGCGGGCGGGUAGACUAUAGCCGCAUGGUGGAGAUUGACCGAACUUUCCUUAGGACAGCUCAUGGCGCUUACAAGCCUAUCUACCCCCCGAUGCUCCGAAGGCCCCCUCCGUUGGGACUUCGUUCAGAUACCAAUCAAUCUACCAUUUCGUUACCGUCUCAAGGCUUAACCCCUAGUCGCCAUGGGUUGUUGGGGCCAUCCUCUAUGCGAACUCCUUCUGUGUCUUCUAUGGCAUCUUGGAGUGCCCCGUAUCGCGAAAGAUUAUAUAGUCCUUCAUCUAGAACAUCGAGUCUUACCUCAACUGUGAAUAUGUAUCACAGGCCGUCGCAUGCACUCAGGCCUGGCCCGAGUGGUCUUUCCGCUGCUGUGCCACGCUAUUACGACUAUACCGAAGGGUUUGAGAACAAACAAUCGCGUGUCACAACUCCAGUUCAGCCAUUUGCUCCAGUCCCUACUCGUGGUUCAGAUUGCCAGCGGCCAUUAGUCCUUCAGGAAUCUGAUGAUGAUCUGGCUAUUGCCUUCGGAAGGCGAAAUUCUACGUUUUAUGAGUCCGAGAACCGAAAUCCUGACGCCAUAGGUUUGGUAGAAGCCGCACAUCGCACCAACACGCCCCGAGCAGCAAGCUACCAGACCACAAUAGACCGUGCUCCAUCACGUUGUCGUACCAAUUCGAUUCGCUCUGAAAUCAUCCCGAUCGUAUUCGAAGGGCCGGACAUUAAUAGAAAAUUUGCAAGGGGAAGUGACAUUGACCUAUUACCAUCCCAAAUUGGUAGAGACUCGAUGGACACUUUUAAUGCAAGUCUUGACCUAGAUUCUAAAGACGCCCCUGCCUACAGGUACACAGAUUAUCGCUCGACGGCAACACCAAAGACGAAGCCAAACCCACUACAGAAACAUGUGCAGGUUCAAGGCGGCAGAACCCCUACGAUUCGAAGCGAACAAGGUGUUAUACUGAGGGACGAUACGCAAGACGAAACCUUGCAUGAAGAGGGACUACACGGAUGUCAUGAUGCCGAUUUAGUGGAAGGACAAGUCACAACGAGUCCACAGGGUAGUACUACUGGGCAACGUUCGUGUUCCGAACCUACUCAAGACCAUUUAAACGACCCCACUCGACACGAAGAACUUCCUGAUGGACAACUUAAAUCCGCCACAAUGAGUCGCGCCAAUCUACGCCAUAGCAAAGUAGAUUCGCUAGGAGAUAGAAACGGGACGACUGACCCCAAUGAUGUCGAUGAUGCUGGUUGCGACAUCCGCGAUAGUGGUAUACCCACCGUGAAGAUGGGAAAGCUAAACCUUGAAUGCAACGAUGUUAGAGAGGUCCCGAUUUUAACACGCCAAUUGUCGGCGGCGGCGCAAAGGCAGAAAUUCCAACGCCACAGGAGGAACCAAGCAAUUCCCCGGAUCAGCACCAGCAGUUUACCAAGGGAAGAUAGCGAAGGGUUCCAGUAUAUUUCUCCGUCUUGUUCCGCCACUCCCAUUGUCUCGCCAAAGCCAAUCUCGCCGGCGCGUCAACUGAAGCUGAAGAAUAGCAUCCCUCAACUUAUGAAGGCAUUACCGCCUAUACCUGGUGAUCCUGACUAUGUUCCAUCUCCAGCGACAAGUAUUCUAAGUACGUCAAGUAAUGGCGACGAUUUCCCCGAGCUUCUUUCGCCGUUCAAAUUCAACCAGCCAUCCGUGCCUCUGCUUUGUAAGGAUGCAGGCAUCAGAAUGCCAAAUGUACAUCUAAAUUCCAAUCGCGCCCCUGGCUCGCAAAAGAACGCACAGAGAUUGAGGUUAAAGCCGAAGAAGUCGAAUGGCUCGGGGGCUAGAAGCUCUUCAGAUACGAAGCUUUUCGAAAUAGAAAAUAACCAACCACCAGCUGCUGCUGACCUCAAUACAAACCUUGAAAACAAAGAAGUUGGCCAUGGGGCACCAGCGCAUGCUCGGAAUAAGCUGAAACUUAGAUCUUCUAGAAGUACUACUUCUAGCACUCCCCCGCCAGGGACAGUUCGCCAUGUUGCAGUUAUGGAAGGCUCUGGUUCCAUAGCGGACACACCAAAGCAGCAGCCGCGAGAUUUAUUUAACUUUCCUUCGGCUCUAAGCCCGGCUAGCCACCCAGUCAAUACGAAGUUAUCGCAAACUCCCUAUACUAAGGACUCCGUUAGCGAUGUGCUUAUUUCGAAUAAAACGAAACCCAAGCCCGAAAAAAAGCCGGCUUUACUAAGGAAGAAUACACAAGGUAAAUUCAAAUAUGACCCACCUGUAAAAUCUCGUACAGGCUUUGAUGCAAGGCAACCUCGUCGCUUAAAGAGGCAUUUGUCAAACCUUCGUUGCUUGUUAGUGGGAGCAUCAAAUCCAACCACAGCGAUAUCAGAUGAAGCUACUACUCAAGAUAAAUCAGAUCAGAAUUUGGGCUUGACGGAUGUCGAACUUACUAGUGGCGACUUUGCAAAUAGGGGCGGAGGAUCGAUUCAGGGGAGCAGUGAUCGGACGGCAUUUGGUCGGCGGAUGCGAUCUAAGGUUCUUAGGUGGGUUAAAUAUACUAAGACAGCAGUGCGGACACGCGCGAAGAGAAACCGUGGUACCUGAAUCUCUACUCGCACUACCACACAAAUUAUCACACCUCAGAUUCCCAUACCAGUGUCAGCAUUCAUUGGAUCGCACGAGCAAGUCUUAUCAACCCGAAUUUUUUGGAACAGGUCUUGGGACCGCUGCUUUUAGGUUUUGAUGGGUGGCUUUUUUGAUG